UGAACCGCUUCCCAUCUCCAGCUGUCAUAGGCCGGGUUCGCGCAACGGGGAUGGGACUCCAAAUCCGUUAGUGGCCGCCCAGCACCAACUCCUCCGCUCCCAUCAUGGCUCCCUCGUUGGACAGGCACGGAUACUGGGGGCGGCCCACUUCCACGCUCGACUGGUGUGAAGAGAAUUAUGUCGUCUCAUACUACAUCGCCGAAUUCUGGAACACCGUAAGCAACCUGAUUAUGAUUCUUCCUCCCAUCUGCGGGGCCAUCCAGACAUUUCGCCAUGGCCUUGAGUUGUGCUACAUCUUCUCUUUCCUUGGACUUGCAGCUGUCGGUGUUGGUUCCUGGUGCUUCCACAUGACACUGCUCUAUGAAAUGCAGCUGCUGGACGAGUUGCCAAUGAUUUACAGCACGUGUGUCUUUGUCUACUGUCUAUACGAGUGCUUCAAACAAGGGAACAGCAUUAGCUGGUUUCCUGUAGCGUUAUUAUUCAUCUUCAGCGUCACAGUAACUGUGGUUUAUUUACAGUGGAAGGAACCAGUGUUUCACCAAGUCAUGUACGGCGCUUUGGUGGCGUGUCUGGUGUUGCGAUCGGUCUUCAUUGUUACGUGGGUGUACCCAUGGUUACGGCCUUUGUGUUACACCUCCUUGGGUAUAUUUCUGUUAGGCUUUCUUCUGUGGAACAUUGACAAUAUUCUCUGUGACUCCUUAAGAGCCAGUAGACAAAGACUGCCCCCUGGUGUCGGAGUGGUGACACAGUUCCAUGCCUGGUGGCACAUCUUCACAGGCUUGGGCUCGUAUCUGCACAUACUUCUCAGUUUGCAAAUCAGAACAACCUACCUCAAGUACAGACCAAAAGUAAAGUUUUUAUGUGGAGUUUGGCCCACUCUACAUGUAGAACCACAAAGGACAAGCUGAUAUGAAGGUCACUUGAGAAAUAGUGGUUAUUAACUUAAGGACCAGCCAGCCGGUGUCGCCGUCUACUUGCUUGGAGCUCAACCCAUCCAUCGCUAGGGAGCAGUGUGGACCUGUGGCGAAUUAACUGAUUACAGUUUAGCACUGAGUUUGAUUGGAAAUGAAACAUUUGUUUUUUUCUUUUAAAACAUAAUUUAUUAGCUUAGCCUUCAUGUUUGUAUAUAUUUUUUCAAUUAAUUAUACAGCAAAUGCAAAUAUAAUAUAAAGUGAAAUGGGAAAAUGUGUUAUGGAUGUUCAAAAAUGCAAAAAUAUUUAAUCUGAGGUUCGGCAAAACAAGUGAAGGGAGAGUACCAGUCCAAACAGUGUUGUCGUGUCAUUCUGAACGUAGAGCAAUGUGAUAUUGUAGCUCUGGGUUACAGAAUCAUCUCAUUUAACGACAGACUUUGACUUUCUUAAAAACACUACUGUUUUAUUAUGUUCAUAACAGUGGCACUUUCAUUGCCAUAGUUGCUUUUUCAAUUAAAAAGGGAAUUAAGAGUCUAAUUUUGGUCCAGCUAUAAAGUAGCAAACAAGAUCAACACCAAGUUCAAAUUUUUUGAAAAGACCAAUAGAAUAUAAAUGGAACAUUCAUUGCAGCAUGAAAAGAGGCCUCAUUAGUUUUACCCAAACGUUUGACCAUGGAAAGAAAAUUGCAACCCGGGCUUUGUGGUCAGUUUGGUAUGACUACAUUGCUCAACAUCCUUUUAAGGCUAUUUUAUGUUUUUAAACGUGACAUUACUGUUGCACAGGGUACCGCUGACUCGUAUGAACACACUUGCAAACAUGAGCACAAUGUAAGACAAAAGAUUCAGUUUGUGCCUAUAAUCUUGAGUGGAAUGAUAGCAAGUUGGAUACAGUUAGAAAAUUGGGUGCCUUAUUACGUGGGGGUGCAGGUUAACCCACACUGCCUUGUUUGUGCGUGUCAAAAUAAUUCCUCGGUCAUUGUCAGAAGAAUCUCAUCUGUGUUCUACUACUGAUCAUGUAAUGCUGAUGUUGACCAGAAAAACAAACUCUGCUUCCUCACUUUUUGUGCCAGUAUUCAACGUUGUCCGCUCUUUGUUGGUAAAUAAAAGAGAACUUAUGUCACUGA